AUGGUACGGGCGCCUAAAAACGAUGGAGUGCCCGUCAAAUUGGAUGUGACAUCAGCAGACUCAUCGUCACCACCAGUGUCACCACCGCGACCACCAGCCAAACCAGACCUGAAAGGAGAUCGUUUGAAUUUGCUGUUACUGAUACUGUUGUACACCAUCCAAGGAGUUCCAUUCGGUUUUACCGUUACGGCAUUGCCGAUAAUCAUGCAAAGCAAGAAAGUAGUAUCUUAUGAAGAUCAGGUAAGCGAUAGUAAUAAUAUUAAAAUUAAAAUUAAAGACCGAUUACAUUUUGAAUGGGGAAACAAAAGGUUUCCCGAACAAUUUUAAAAACGAACAAUUUUUUUCACAACUGUUUUUUUUUAUUUCUAAAAAAUAUAAGAAGGCGGACAUGCAUUACUCCAUGAUUAGGCCACUAUAGUUGUAAAUGGGUACUUCGGAAGGUAGAUAUUAUAGAGUAAUUUUGAUUAUAAACUGAAUGUACAAAGUAAAUUAUUGGAGAAGAAAAAGGAAGGAUUCUGAGUGGAGUAAUAAAAAUUAUGAUUUUUCAGCUGUUGCCAAGGUAAACCAAAAAUCAACAAAUAUAAAAAAGACCUAGAGGAUAAACUGUUGAGAAUUUCGAUACAUUUUUUCAAAUAAAAUACUACUAGCUGAAAACCAUACAUCAUUUAUGGCAGGUAUUUCUUGAAAUAUCAGAGUAUUGAAAUUAACCAAACAAUUUGUUUCUGAUAAAAAAAAAAAAAACAUAUUUUUAUAAAACUAUAAAGCUAUUUAGCUAUAACCUAAAAUACAAUUUUUAUCGGAUAAUAACACGUGAAUGGGUGGGAGGGGUACUUGUCAUUCAAAGCAUAGGGAUUAAAAUAUAAAAUUUUGGCUCUCCCAAUAAUGCAUAGAUAAAAAUUUAUGUAUAAAAAGAUCAUAAAUCCCUUAUGAAUGAAAAUAUCAAAAUAUUAAAAUUUUAAAUAAAAACGACUUCAUUAUAUUAUGUCAUAAGUAACAUUAUAGUUUCAAAAAACCAAUCGAAAUUGAUUAUAAAUCUGUGACAUUCCUAUUCACUACAUAAAUUACGUUUAGUUUGUUAUGUAAUAGUCUGUGGCAAUACUUUAUGUCUACAGAAAUCGAAUUUAUUUCAUUUUACUUUUAAUUUAUGUCUGUAUCCUACGGCGGACCAUUAAAUCAGUGCUUGAAAUGGAUACAAUGAUAAGUUAUGAUUUAACACGUAUUCCAUUUCAAGCACUGUUUGAAGAAUUAAAAAUCGGCUAAAACAUGGAUUCAAUGAAAAUUUUUUUUUUUUUGAUCAUUAAACGGUUUACAACGAAAAUAUAAUCGAAAAUAAUUAAACAAUUAAUGCGGUCAACCUUUUUCGUUUUUCCUAUGGGUUUUUCCUAAUUAUCAAGAAAACUAUACAAAAAGGACGAGCAUGCUUCACUCGUGGGUGCAGCCACUGCUGUAUGUAAGAAAUUUUGAAGUUAGACUACAGACGGAAAUUUAAUGUAUAUCUGUAAGCAACGAUAAACUAUUGCUAACGAAAAAACGAUCCUGAGCCGAAUUCAGUUGAUAAUGUUGCUUUUUCAACAAUAUAAUGUGUGGUAUUAUGUCAUAUUACGGUAAAAUGAUUAAAACAAUGUGUGUUUCCAAGGCAAUAAUAAUUGUUUGAAAAAAAAUAACAAAAUAAAAACUUAAUAAUAACAAAAAAUAAAUGAACACGGUUGCCAAUGAAAAUCUUAUUUUUAAUCCUUCAAUCUUUUUUAACCAAAAGGCUGAGAUUUUCCUUAUUAUCUCGAAUAUUAAUGAGAAUUUCAAAAAAUGAUCUUUCUAAAGUACCACCCAGAGAAAAUUUCCUUUCGGAAAAGGUGUUGUACUUGAUAAUCGGAGUAUGCUUUCUAGUAGAAAAAUGUUCAUAAAAAAAAAAUUUUAAAAAAAUAAACACCAUUGUAAAUAUAUUAUUAUAUACCAAUAAAACAAAAUUCUCUUUUAAAAAUAUUUUACUCAUAAGAUUUGGCCUGAUGUUUUUAGUAGAAAAGAAAAUUAUAUUUAUAUUGAUGUAAUUGGUGCGUAGGUACUUGAAAUAUGGUAAAUCUUAAAUAUGGUAAAAUAUGGUUAAUGCGAGUUCUCUCGGUAAAUUAUUUCUCCAACAAAUUUUCCAAAUAUCAAUGUCGAGAGUAUCUGUUUAAAUUUCAAAUUCAUUAUUCUAGUUUUUGUAUGUUUCAUUCAACAAAAAAAAAUUAUUUAUACCUACCUCACUUGCUCAAAACAAGGGUUUCUUAAAUUUGUUUAUUCAAAUUUAAAUCUGAUUUCGCAAUAAAUUCCAUUUCUUAAAAAAUAAAGAAAAAUCAAUAAAAUCGUAUAAAAGGGCAUGAUAAUAAAUAUUAUUUAAUAAAAUAAUUAUAAUUCUCCCUCACUCGAGUAAACUACUAUUAUUAAAUUCGUUCCUUUUUUUUUUUUUGGACAGAUAAACAAUGAUUUUUAUAAGCAAUUGUUUUUUUUAAGUAUAACUAAUUUAACAAAGCAGACUUCUUACGUUAAUCACUGUAAACUUGUAUACUAAAACACUAUUUUGAACUAAAUGAUUUUACUCUAAAACAGUUUUUGUUUUAUUAGAGUAAUUUUUACAAUUUGAUUUUUUUUCUUCAAAUACAUGAUGAAAACCCGUAACAAAAAUUGAACACAUACCAAGUUUCACUUAAAUCCUAGGAAUAAAUAAAAUAUGAUUUAGGUACUUUCAAAAAUUUUCGAAUGUAUUUAAAUAUCGACGUCCUAUCCAUACCAAUCCAACAUAGUAAUCCACUCGACACAUGAUAAAAUAAUAUGUAAUCAUCUUUAGUUUAGCGCUACAAAAGUAUUUUAAUGGUAAAUAUGUAAUUACGAAUGACAGUGAAUCGUGAUGAAUCAUUUUUUCCUUUACGUUCUAGGCUUUAUUCAGUUUGGUGUUAUGGCCGACUAACAUGAAACUGUUUUGGGCUCCGUUAGUGGACUCGAUUUAUGUGCAGUGUAUAGGCAGACGGAAAUCUUGGCUCAUUCCCGUCCAAUACUUGAUGGGUAUGAUAAGUUUUAAAUUAAAUUAUGUUUAAAAAAAAAUUAUUUAUAUAUAUAUAUAUCUCCACGUUGAGAUACUUAAAAACUUGACAUUAUAAUCACUUAAUUCAAUUUAGUUAGACACCGUGUUUAUUAAACUAUGUGUGAUGAGUGAUGGCAAAUUUUAAGUUCACGUAUCAUUACAAUGCAUAACUCAUAUCUUUAGCAAUUUUUUUUUUACGCUGUUUUCAAAAUUGUAUAAUAUAUUAUAUACCUUCUUAUAAGCUGUAAGCUGUAGUUGGAAAUCAAAUUUCGCUUUUUCAGUGACUUGACAUUAUGAUAUUUUUAAAUUAGAUUUGAAUAGAAAAUAAUUGUUUAAAAAUAUUUGUAAUUUACGAAUAUAAUAUUAUGUACAGACUGACAAUCUAUCGUUUAUAAUGAUUUACAGUUUGGACUUAUGGAAUAUUGAGAAAGGUAUACAUUUGUUAUCUUAUAUUAGAUUAGGUUUACCUACCUUCUCUUCUCUAGUCUUCUACAAUAAAUUGUUUAAAAUAUUAUAUUUUAUAAAUCAACAAACAGUAGGUCCAAUAUUCAACUAAAGAACAUCUCAACUAUUUGAUACCAACCUAAAAUAAUAAAGACUAAUUUAUGUAUAUAUAUUUUUUAUUAUACAUACAGAGUGAUAUAUUAAGUAAACUCGCCCAAUUUUUAGGUGAAAAUUAUGCGUAUAUUCAAAUUAUGAUUUUUUGGAAUGUUUAAGUAUAAUUAAAAAUUAUAUUUUCGUAUACUUAAAUUUUUACAACAUUUAAAGGAAUAUGAACUAUAAUAAUUUAUUAUACCUAUUAUAUUAUUAUAUUAAACGGAAGAUAAACAAAAGAAAAGAGACACUCCUAUAAAUGUAUGUGAAAAAUGUGAUUUUUAUGUACCAAAAAUAUUUUUAACGCAUUUGUUCCAAUAAAUACCUACUUUAUAAUACGAAUAAUUAUUUUUGACCAGGAGCGAUAUUACUGUUUUCUGCCAGUUACAUCAACGACUGGUUGCCCGAAGCAGGCAAACCAAAUCUAAUGGUGCUAACGUUCGUGUUCUUCGGACUUAAUUUUUUGGCCGCAACCCAGAACAUAGUUAUUGACGGUUGGGCACUUACCAUGUUAAAAAAGUAAGUAUAAUUGAGUAUAAUAUUUUUCUAAACGUCGUGUGUAAUAUCUCCAUAUAAAAAUAAUCUACCUAUAAACGUUAUAUAAUAUCCAACCAACGGGUUACCUAGCCUGUUACCGAUCAUGGAAAGUAUUUAAAUGACUAUUUUCGAAUACAUAAUUACUUUUUUUUGUUUUUUUAAACCGUGUCUCAUAUUUUUCUCGUGUUUUACUGGAUUUUUUUUUCAAACCAAAAAUAUAUGAUAACACUUUAAAGAACGCAUUUUUCGUGUGGUCAUUUAUAAAUAGUAUUUUUUUUUUUUUUUUUACAUAGAUCCAAUGUAGGUUAUUCGUCGGCGUGCAGUUCAUCGGGUUUUGCAAUCGGCAUAAUGCUGGGUUCCGUGGUUCCCGUUCUGCUCACAUCCGAAGACUUUUGUAGUAAAUACUUAUCGCGAAUUAUUACUACAUCACCGGGAGGCGUAACAACUCUGGAAAGUAAGUAAGUAAAGUGACAUACACAUAUAAUAUUGGGUUGUAUUCAUUUUACGGUUUUUAAUCACAGGUUUUAAUUAAUGUACAUUAAAUAAAUUCAAUACAGUUAGGUUUACCUUACCUGACUAAGUAAAGUCGACAAUUUAAGUAACUUUUUAAGUCCAUUUUAGGGGGAGAGGAGCGAGAAAUGUAUUAGUUUUAUAUUGAUUUUUUAAUUCUUUUGUGAAAUACUUUUCUACCCGAAAUCUUGCUCCGAUGUAUCAAGUGUAAUACCUUUACUAAAGGGAAAUUUUAUCUGAGUGGUACUUAAAAAAGGUUAUUUUUGAUUUCACAAGAGGUUUACAUAAUGAUUGGGAAAACUCGAAUUAAACGUAGGAAAACGGGAUCAUUUUGAAAAUGUAUAACUUUCAAUUUUGUUAUUUGUUAUGAUUCAAUUAAUUAAAAUUCCUAGACAAUAGAAAUUUUGACGGAAAAAUUAUAUUUACUUUUUCUAGACAUAGCAACAUUUUUAAAACAUUUUUCUAUUUUUGAGCUAUUUAUAGGCAUUUUAAUUUUGCGAGUUUUUUACAUAAUUCUUAUUUAAUAUGUAUUCUGUGGACAACAUUGAUUGACUUAACAGAUAUGCUUGAAAAUUUAACUGGAGGUUCAUUGUAAGGCGUAUUUUAUGGUAAAAAAAAAUUGAGUCUUUUAUAGUAUUUUUUUUAUGAGAAUUUUAGUUUAAAUUUUGAACAAAAUCGUUAAUAUAACGGAUUUACAAAACAUGCAUAACUAAACUCCGCUCACAAUCGCUCACAAUUAAAUUCCCUUCUAUAUCCUAUUUUUCAAACUUCUUAUCUACAACAGCUCACCCAUCGUGCGAAGUAUAUCUAUUUAUUUAAUUUUAUAGUUUUGGUAAAAUUGUUAUCGUCACAGUAUCCAUAAUAAAAAUGCUUAAAUUAUGAGUUGGUGAUUUUAAAUAAAAAUCAGAAUGUUCAAUGUUAAACAUAAGUUUAUCCCGAUUUUUUCCGGGAAUAUCAAAUUAUAUUUAUUUGAAGUCGGAACUCUGCACAAAUUGUCGAGUGAAAACAAAUAUGGAAUACAAUUUAUUGCAUUUUAUGCGAUGCGAUACCUGUUCAAAUAACUAGUGUACAGAUUGUAAAUUGAAUAUUGUGUUAAAAUCAAAUGAAAUUAAAAUUGAUAUCAUAAUGUUGAUUAUAUUAUAAUUCAAAAUUAACUAGCUAUUCAAUCAAUUUGAAAUGACAAUACAAAUAAAAAGUCAAAACGAAUUGUAUAGUAUUUUUUUUUUACAUAAACUAUUUAUAUAUAUAAAUAUAUAAACUGUCAUAAUAUUUUCAUUCCUGUCUAAAAAAAAUGAAUUAUAAUAAUUUCGACUUUCAUAGGAUAUUUGUUUGUUUGGGGUAUUUUAUGCAUUGCGAUCACUUCGUUAAUCGGCAUAUUUAAAAAAGAAAAGGACAAUAGGUUGGAGGAAAACCACAUACAGCUCACCAUCGUUCAAAAUUAUAAACUAGUCUGGGACAUUUUGAAACUGCCUAGUAUCCGUGUAUUGAUAAUAGCGUUGAUUACGAUGAAGGUAAUUGAAACGGAACAUUUUAAAAUAAAUAACAUUAUAAAUUUGAGGGUUUAAAACCCGUUUACGUCCGUUUGCCAAUGUUAUUUAUUUAUUCUGUAAUUAAAUGUUGUAUAAUGUCUAUAUAAUGUUAUAAAAUGUUUUUUUUUUUUUUUUUUACAUUUAUUCAGGUCGGAUUUUCCGCAAUGAGAAGUUCUUUGGCGUAUUUGAAACUGGUUGACGUCGGCGUUCCUAAAGACGAUAUUAUGGUUUUGACUUCGGCAAUGUUUGCGGUGAAAAUUUUAACGCCAAUUGUUGUAUCCAAGUACACUUCGGGUACGAAACCGAUGAGCGUGUGUAUGAACGUAAUUCCGAUCAGGUACCACAAACAAUAAUUGCACGUACAUAAUAUAUUGCAGUGCGUCAUAAUAACGUACCUUUAUGACUUCAUAACCUACACCUGCGUCGAUUUAAUUACCGUAACAUUAGCAUCAAGUUAAUUUUAAAAUGGUCUGAUCAUUAUUUAUAGUAGGCAUUACUACCUUUAACUAUCCAGAGCCAUAUUUAAUGGUAAGCUUCAUAGGCUGUAGGCAUUGGGUCCAAAAAAUCCUAAUAAACAAAAAAAAAGUGUUCCUGUACCUGCGGUAGAACCUACACAUAAUGAGUUAGCUUAGGGGCCAAUGUAUCCUAACAACUACUCUGCAUCUAUCUGUUUAUUAGCUAUACGCAGGACCGAAAAACCUCCCUCCCCUAACGUUUAUUUUUCAUUGGCCGAGUAUUUCUUGCAAUUGUAAAUAGUGUACUUUUACUCGUUUCGUCAUUUUUAUCGUAUAUCUUUUGCGUAUUAUAUUUAUCAACUUUUGAGUAUUAUAUAAUUCCAUCCCUAACACAUAAACCGUAAUUUUAUACGGUUUUGUACUACGGCAACCGUAGAAUACGACUAAUACUCGUACCUAUAUCAAAUAUAUUAUAUUCUAACAAACAUCAGCUAACGCUCAAACAAACCGUAAAAUACCGUUACUUUUUUUAAUUGGUAUCCUAUCCAUUACCGCAACCCCAAAAAUAAAGUACGAGAUUGACCAGACCUAAACACUGUAUUUAAUGUCACUAACUGAAUAUUAAGUAUAACUAAUAAGUAUUAUUCGAUUAUUAAACGAUUUUCAUUUCAGGUUACUGUGGGGCUUCGCAUAUGUUUUAUUAAUUUAUAUCACUCCCUUUUUAAUCAAACGUGAUGACGGAACCAUAAACAUACCGAUGUAUUACUAUUUGAUUUUGGGAUUGAUAACCGCGAUAAAUGAGGUGAGUUAUUAAUGAUGCACUUAUGUGGGAAUAAUAUCGACACUCGAUAUUAUUAAAAAGCCUCAAAAACCCGGUGCCGUAUAAACUAUUAUAGAAUACGAUUAAAAUAUAUGGGUGGAUGGGUUGUGGAUUCUUGGGUGUUGAUUAAUUAAUAUAACACAAAUUAUUAUGGUUUUACAAAAUAAAAUAUUACAUGUUAAAUUCUUAGCAUUUCUAGUAAUACAAUAUAAACAAGCAAAACGUCUAGGUUUUAGUGAGUUUUUUGGAUACGCCAGUGUUUAUGUAUAAAGAGUUGAAAAUAAAUCUUUAAAAGUGUUGUAGACUGCAGAAAAUGUAUAAAUCUCAAUAUGAACACCAUUAUAGAAUCAAUUUGGUGAAGCCUUGUUUUUUAUAGAUAGGUGUAAUAGGGUGAGGAUAUUUUUUUGGUAGGUGAGGAAAAAAUAAAUUUGGCGAUUUAAAGUAAAAGGAAUUUCGUGCCAUUAUAAUAGUUAGCGUUUUUUAGUACAUAAAAAAAAUUAAAGUUAAGCGUAAUGUCAUAAUUUUUUUUUUUUAAUUGUAUAGUGAUCAAAUUUAUUUUAAAAAAUCCGUUGAAAGCACGAAACAUUUAAAAUUAUUUUAUAAUUAUAUUUAUUAAUAAAAUUUGGUUUUAAAGAAGAAUUUUCAAUUUUCAAUAUACAUUAGUUUUAGACAGUUUUAAAAAAUUGUAAUGGAGUUCAGAAGCUGUCAGUUGUCGGAUUGUGGUCGGGCGGCCACUACAUCGAUCCUUCUGAGAUCCCAAUUACGAUUUUAAAACCAUACAUACCAUAAAAUCAUCAUACAAACUAAAAUAAAAAUAAAAUUGAUUUUAGCGGUCUGAUGGGCAAAAAUCGUAUUUCUAUACUACGGAAGAUGGUGAAAAAUAAUGGUCAUCUUUUAUUUUUUUGGUGAUUUGUAUGAUGGUAUUUGUGUUUGUACUAAAUAUUAUAAUUUAUAUUAUGUCUAUAAUAAUAUCAAAUUUCUAAUUUAUAUUUUAUUUUUUUGUACAUAUUUAGGCACUUUUAUACAUUAUGUCAGUUGCCGCAGCAGCUUUUUUCUUCCGUAUAAGUGAUUCGCGUUUUGGUGGAACAUACAUGACACUGUUGAACACCGCCUCGAAUUUGGGAAUGGUAUGGUCAGCAUCUUUCGGACUGAAAGUCAUGGACUUUUUAACGUUCAGCAAAUGCUCGAGUGAUCCUCAAAAUAAUAAUUGCUCGACUGUGGAUUUGAAAAGCGUAAGAUAUAAUUGUGUAUAGUAUUAUGAUAUGACAGAAUUAUAUGCUUUAAAAAUAAAUAAAAUGUGCCUCUAAAAUAUAUUCAUAAAAUCAAAUUGUUAAUUCUAAUAUUUUAUUUCAUUAAUUCAUUUUCUACGGAAAAUUUUCUUCAGACUGAAUAUAAAAAUUCUUCAAUAUUUUUUUUUUAAUGAAAAAAAAACUAAAAAUACUUUAUAAAAAUAAAAAUUGUUGUUUAUGUUAAAUUGUAACGCCUAUUUAACUAAUUUUAGUGAUACAAACAAUAUUUUAUGUAAAACUCGAGUUCUAGAGUUAUCAGCUCACCUGCUCAUAUUUAUUAAUCUUGAAAAAUUGUUUGUAAUUCUCGAUUCAUUAAGUUAUAAAUCAGGGCACUUAAUUAAUUUUAAAGAAAAAUGUUCUCUUAAAAAUUUACGAAAUUCAAAAAUAUGGAAAAAAAAAACUCAAAAUUUACAAAUACAACAUUUUUUAUGGAAUUUUUAGACCUUAAUACACUUAAUUUUGUUUUAAACUACCGAUUUAUCUGACAAACCAAUAAAAAUAUGCCAAAGCUGUAUACAUUUCUGCGCUGAUGAUUAUUUAUCCAAUACAGGUUUUCAGUAAAAUGUUUUAAUUCGUCUUUCAUUUGUGUUUAAGAUGUGCGGUAAAAACGGUGGCGAUUGCGUUACGGUUGUGGAUGGUUAUUAUGUGGAAAUCGUCCUGAGUGCGGUCAUCGGAUUCGCUUGGUACUUUGUUUUCAAAAAUAAACUGAUCAAAUUUCAAACCGAAAGCUCGUCCCGUUGGUUGGUGUACAGUAGUAAAUCGGGCACGGACAAUGUCAAAGCCUCGAGCUCUGUAGACUGA